CUAUUAGAGGAUAAUUAUGCGGGUUGGAGUACAAAAGGAAAAAUAAUGAAGUCUUCGAGUGCAACAUACCCACAAAGCCAUGUGCCAAAGCUGCUCUCUGGUACCAAAAGGACGACGACAACGACGGCUUCUCCGAUCGAUCGAGCCAUGAAUUUCUCCGUGCACUCCAGGCGCCGCCGAUGCUCUUAUCACGCAUCGCCGUCAUGUUGACCGCCGCCUCCUGGCUUCGAACGCGGCGGAGUCGCUUUGUCUUCUUCCUUCUCUGCUCUCCUCUCCUCCUUCCUAUACUCUGCGCCUCCAUUCCUCUUAUCUGCGCCGCAGAGAUCUUCUUCCGUCUCCGCCGCCGCAGAUCGAGGAUCGGAAAAUCAAUCUCAGUCGCCGUUGCCUCCGCCGAUGAAGACGACAUGCGGCUGCGGCGGUGCGAGGAAGGAUGCGGAUGCGACGGAUUUGGAGGAGGCGAAGAAGAAGGAGAAGAAGAAACCGGUUUGUUGCUUCAGAGAUACUUGGAGGAUCAGUUGCUUCUCGUCAGAUCCGUCUACGAUUGCGGUGAAGAUGCCGCCGACGCCGACGACGGCCGAGAUCGCGAUCCCGAUCGAAAUAGGGUUCCUCUUCUGUCUUAAACUUGUUUUAAAAUCAAAUUAUAUGUAGAUAAUUAAAAACAGUUUUAUAUACUUGUGAAUCUGAUCUUAUCAAUCAAUAUAUGCGAUAUUUUUAUGUC